AUGACUGAUCAACCGGUACCUUCAGAUGUUCUUAACGAACUCGCCGCUUUGAGAGCAGAGAAUGCAACUUUAAAGCAGCAGUUGAAGUCUGAAACUCAACUUCCAAUGUCACUGGAAGAGUUUAAACGCUAUGGCCGACAAAUGAUCGUAGAAGAAACAAGAGGGGUAGAGGGACAGCUCAAGCUUCGCAGAAGUAAAGUUCUCGUAGUUGGAGCAGGUGGUUUGGGGUGUCCUUGCCUGCCAUAUCUAGCUGGUGCUGGAGUGGGACUUAUAGGGAUUGUGGACAACGAUGUGGUUGAAACAUCCAAUCUGCACCGACAGGUAUUACAUGACUCCACGAAGGUAGGAAUGCUGAAGUGUGAAUCUGCCAAAGAGGUUUUGUCGCGAUUAAAUCCAUUUGUUGUGAUCAAAACAUAUCCCGUAAGAUUGAACUACAGUAAUGCAUUUGAUAUAUUUAAGGACUAUGAUAUUGUUUUGGACUGCACAGACACACCGUUGACCAGGUAUUUGAUAUCUGAUGUCGCGGUCAAUUUAGGACUGACAGUCGUGUCUGCUUCAGGCUUGGGAUCUGAGGGUCAGUUGUCAAUUCUAAAUUUCAAAAAUGUGGGCCCAUGCUACAGAUGCUUCUACCCAGUUCCACCGCCUCCUAAUGCUGUUUCUUCAUGUCAAGAAGGAGGGGUUAUUGGCCCUUGUAUCGGUCUUGUUGGGGUAAUGAUGGCGGUAGAGACCAUAAAGUUAAUCCUCGACAUAUACACCUUGGACAAUUUCAGCCCUUUUCUGAUGCAAUAUUCGGGUUUCUCGUUGCAGAGCUUGCGGACAUUUAAAAUGAGAGGAAGGCAAGUAAAGUGUCAGGCCUGCGGUGAAAAUCCCACAAUUACACGCGAUACAAUUGAGAAAGGCGAUGUCGAUUACGAACUCUUUUGCGGUCAAAGAAAUUAUAACGUAUGUCUAGCUGACGAGCGUAUUUCAGUUAAAGAAUUUCAAAAUUCUUUUCUGUCACCUGGCGAAUUUAAUCAUAUCCUUUUGGAUGUUAGGCCACACCAUCACUACGAAAUUUCCCACCUACCUAACACAUACAAUCUGACGGUCAAGGAACUUCGAGAUAUGGACGGAAGUAUUGCAGCCUUGCAAAGUCAAAUACCCAACAUACACGGUCAGAGCGAGGUGUUAGUUAUGUGUCGACACGGAAAUGAUUCUCAGCUUGCCACUAGGAUUCUCAAAGAUCAGUUCAAAAUCGCUAACGUGAGGGACGUCAGGGGCGGAUUCUUCAAAUAUAUUGAUGAUAUUAAUCCUACACUUCCAAAGUAUUAA